UUUUUAUUUUCCUUUGCUCUUUCUUUCCUUUAUUUUCUUUUCCUCACAUUUUCUCUCCAAUUUUUCGAAACAAACAUAACUUCAACAUGAUUAAUUUUUAAAAACAACAUUAAUACCUUUUUCUAUUUUUGAAAAAAUAUUCCGAUUCUAUUGGAUGAAUUGCAGCAGCAACCCAAGUGCUUACGGUGGGUACCAGAGCACCGAAUCAGGAAAUUUGUAGAUAAAUAUAAAUGCUGGAAACCCUAGGUCCUCCUCCGAAGUGCGUCGUAUCGAGGAGAAACAAUGGCUGUUCCCUUGCUCUCCAAGAGGAUAGUGAAGAAGAGGGUCAAAAAGUUCAAGAGGCCCCAAAGUGAUCGAAAGGUUUCUGUGGAGUCUAACUGGCGAAGGCCCAAGGGAAUUGAUUCUCAGGUGAGGAGGAAGUUCAAGGGAUGUGUUCUCAUGCCCAACAUUGGUUAUGGUUCAGACAAGAAGACUCGCCAUUAUCUCCCCAAUGGAUUUAAGAAAUUUGUUGUGCACAAUGUACAAGAGCUUGAACUUUUGAUGAUGCACAACAGAACUUACUGUGCUGAGAUAGCGCACAAUAUUUCAACCCGGAAGAGGAAGGACAUUGUUGAGCGUGCAGCACAGCUGGAUGUUGUUGUUACCAACAAAUUGGCCAGGUUGCGCAGCCAGGAGGAUGAGUAAGGUCUGAUGCAAUAUUUCUGUUUGAUUUUGUUUUUGUUCCCUUGGCACAUAAGCUACCAUCAAGAAUCUGGGCUGAUCAAUAGUUCUUGGGUGGUUUGCUUUGAAUUCUAUGGUAUUGAAGCCAAAUAUGUAGUUGUCUUUACUUUUUGGUCUAGGGUUUCACUUGAUGAUGAGAUCUGGAAAUCAUUAGCUUAUUUGCUUCGUAAUUUUUUGCGAAUGCACUCUAAAUAUCGUAUCAAUCGUACUCUUACUGCUUUUGCUAA